CUCGACAGAGAGAACGGGAGCCAAGGGCGCAUGCGCACCCCGUUUCCCCUUCCCGCCUCAAAGCCCGAUGGAGCGAUGAGAGAAAACGGGCGGGGCUAGCGGCUGACGAGAGCGACAGAGAGCUUCUUACAUCAUUUCGUCUGCGACCCGGCCCACUCUGUCGCGUCGCUCUGUUGGCUUCGCCCUCUCGUCGCUCUUCAGUGACGCAAUCUUUCCUUUCCUGCCUGAGCUCGCGGCGUGUGAGGAGGAAUUUCUUGUUGCACGUCACUAAUAGCAGGAUCUAAAAACUCACCAUGCAGAACGAUGCUGGGGAAUUUGUGGAUCUGUACGUGCCUCGUAAAUGCUCUGCUAGCAACCGGAUAAUUGGUGCCAAGGACCAUGCUUCCAUCCAAAUAAAUGUUUCAGAGGUUGACAAGGUCACAGGCAGAGUCAACGGCCAGUUCAAAACAUAUGCAAUUUGUGGAGCAAUCCGUAGGAUGGGGGAAUCGGAUGACUCUAUUCUGCGCCUGGCGAAAAACGAUGGUAUUGUUUCCAAGAACUUCUAACUGAAAAAGCACCAUGAUGUGGAGUUUCUUGUAAAAUAAACAGUUUGAAAAAUUAA